AUGGCAUCGAAAACAUCACUUUUUGACUUACCAAAUGAACUUUUUCCAUGUAUUUUUCAAUAUCUGAGCGCAAUUGAUCUCUUAAAAAUAUUUUCUGAUUUUGAAUCACGACGACUUCAAGCUCUCAUUCAACCAUUUAUUGCACGAUUAGAUAUUUCUCAAGAAUCUAAUGAAUGGAUUCAAAAUUAUCUACCAAAUAUAUUGACAAAAAAUAAAAUUAUUGCGCUUCGUCUACAAAUGAAUCAUUUAGUUCUCAUAUCAGAACAUUUACUAUCAACUAAUAUUCAAUCUAUGCAAGUGACUAACUGGAAUGUUUCAAUUGAUUUUUCAGAACAAAUUAUGGCUCAGCUUCGUCGAAAUUUACAAAAGUUGUCAAUCGUACAACCUGAUGAUAAUGAAUUUAGUGAUCUAACUAGUCUAUUGUUUCGAUCUGAUUCUCAAUUGAAACAUCUUAUCAUAAAGGAUUGUGUUCUAUAUAUUUUUAAUGGUGAUAUUGAAACUUGUACUCGAUUAACACAUCUCUCAAUUGAAUUAGAAGGAAUGAAUCCAGUAUUUAUACUUAUUGAACAUUUACCCAAUCUUGAAGAAUUGAAAGUUAGAAUUCACAGUCAAGAAUGUAUUGUUCAAACAGCACCUAAUACAAAUGGUGUAAAGCCAUGUAAUAAACUUCGUUCUGUUACUUUUACAGGUUGGAUCAAAUAUUUUAAUCAUAUGGAAAAUUUCUUUGCUACAUUUGGAUCAACAAUUGAAUAUCUUUCAAUGAAUAUCGAUUCUAGAUAUUACUUAUUCGAUGGUAAACAACUUGAGCAUAGACUACUUGACAAGAUGCCACGUUUAUCUUCACUUGAUUUAAUCAUUUUUUCACCAUUAGUUGGUAAUGAUCCUAUAGAAAUCGAAACAUUUCAAAGUUUUGCUUGGCAACAAUUCAAUCCUAUUGCGUACUGGAAUGAUGUUCAUGCUAAACAACAUAUGAUUUUUACAUUACCAUACAAAUCUGAUCAAUUUGAAUAUUUUUCAAAUGAUUUUGUUUCAAAUUGUGUAUCAAAUCGAUCAAUUUCAAUUUGUUUUGAACGUGUUCGCAUGCUCUCACUCAUUCCUACAACACCAUUAACUCUAGAAGCAUUCCUAUUUAUUGAAAAAGUUUUUCCAAACGUUACAACAAUUAAUUUAACCCAUUGGAUUAUUGAUCUUUUAGAUGAAAGUGAAGAUGAAAAAGAUAGAAAUCUUACAGUUAUGGAUGAAGAUCUUCUUUUAGAUACUAGUUUACAAAUACGAUCCGUUACAAAAUUCUGCAUAUCUUUAUGGUCUCCAUUUAAUGAUUAUAAAACCUUUCGUCGGUUUGUUCAACUUUUUCCAAAUUUAAUUUGUCUCGAACUCGAUAUUGAAUUAUCACUUCUACAUGAUAUUUUGAAACAUGAACAAGAAGAUAAAUUUGUCAAAACUUUAUUAGCUCGUAUCGAACAAUUGAAUAUUACUUGGCUGAUUUUCUAUCACUCAAUGGGAUGCAUGCCGAGUAGAACCGCUUCUAGAGUUGACAACGUUGCAGACAAUCCUGUUAUGCGUCAUCAACAUAUAACUACAGGUGGAAAAUUUUCUAAUGGAAGAGAACGCAAUGAUCUCGAAGCAACAGAAGGAGAAAGGAUUGAGAUGUAUAGUGCUUUUAUUAAUGGAACCAGACCUGAUGAAAUAAUACAAAAACCAUGGAGAUAUGAUCCAUCUCGACCGGAUCAAGAACCGAGACCUAGCAAUGAUGAAAGUGUUGAUAAUGAUCUAUGGGAUGAUGAUCAUAUCUAUUCUGAUGAAGAACGCGCUAAUUUCAUGUAUAUUACUCUAUCUAAAAUGUGUGAUCUUGUAUUACAUAUUGAUUCAGUUUGCUCUCAGCCACUAUCAUUAUUACGUAUUGAAACAAAUCGUUCAAUUACAAUGUCACAACGUCAAGCUGCUUCAUUGUUAGCUUGUGCAUUUUUCUGUUUAUUUCCAAAUCGUUCUCAUCAGACGUUAAGCAAAGAAUAUGAAAACUACCAAGAUCCAAAUUUUGAAACAUUAUUUCAACAUGGACCUCAAAGCAAAAUAGAAAAACUGAAAUGUAUUUUACAUUAUUUUAGACGUGUUACAGAAACGAUGCCCAAUGGUGUCAUUACUAUUCAACGUUUUGCAUUAUCCAGGAGUCGUUUUCCUCAAUGGCCUGAUUUAAACACAGGUCUCUGUGAUUUACAUUUGACAACGGGUAAAAAAAUCGAAGAUAUCAAUAGUGUAUUACAAGUUGACUUUGCUAAUAAAUAUAUCGGAGGUGGUGUUUUAAGUGCCGGUUGUGUACAAGAAGAAAUUCGUUUUACUAUUUGUCCUGAAAUGCUUGUUAGUUUACUUGUUUGUGAAAUGAUGCAGAAAAAUGAAUGUAUAUUUCUUAUUGGAUGUGAACGAUAUUCAUCAUACAAAGGUUAUGCCAAUUCAUUUCAAUUUGGUGGAAAUUAUGAAGAUAAGACACCUAGAGAUAGUUGGGGUCGAAGAUGGUGUCAUGUAGUAGCUAUGGAUGCUAUUUAUUUUCGUAGACCUUCAGAUCAAUAUAAUAUUAAACUUAUCGAACGUGAAUUACUUAAAGCCUAUACAAGUUUUCGUCCACUCGGAAAGGGAUCAGAUUAUGAGUUUGGUAUUGCUACUGGAAAUUGGGGUUGUGGAGCAUUCAAUGGUGAUAGACAAUUGAAAGCAAUAAUUCAAUUGAUGGCUGCUUCCGAGGCUAGACGUCCAUUAAUAUAUGCCGCUUAUGGUGAUAAAAAUUUGAUCACAUCAUUCUCUGUGCUUCAUGACUACUUGAAAGAGCAAGGAGCAACACCAUUCAAAUAUGAUCCAUCAAAUCCUGAACGUGAACCUUCAACAAGUUGUGUUCAAAAUCGAUCUGUUGAUCAAUUGGAUUCAGAUCCUGUUUUUAUGCCAUAUUCAUCAUACAAUCUUACUCCACCACCAUUAUUACGCACUGGAACAAAUCGUUCAGUCACAAUGUCACAACGACAAGCUGCUUCAUUGUUAGCUUGUGCAUUUUUCUGUUUAUAUCCAAAUCGUUCUGAUAAUAAACAGAAGAAAGGAUAUCGCAAUUUUCCAAAUCCAAAUUUCAAUGCAUUAUAUCAAAGUGGACAUCCAAAAAAAAUAGAAAAACUCAAAUGUAUUUUUCAUUAUUUUCAACGUAUUACCGAAAAAAUGCCAAAUGGUGUCAUUACUGUUCAACGUUUUGCAUUACCUAAACAUCUUUCUCCACAAUGGGCCGAUUUUACAACCGGUCUCUGUAACUUGCAUUUGACAACAGGACAAAAAAUCGAAGAUAUCAAUAAUGUAUUACAAGUUGACUUUGCUAAUAAAUAUAUUGGAGGUGGUGUUUUAAGUACCGGUUGUGUACAAGAAGAAAUUCGCUUUAGUAUUUGUCCUGAAAUGCUUGUUAGUUUACUUGUAUGUGAAAAGAUGGAGGUCAAUGAAUGUAUCUUUCUUAUUGGAUGUGAACGAUAUUCAUCAUACAAAGGCUAUGCCAACUCAUUUCAAUUUGAUGGAGACUAUAAAGAUAACACACCUAAAGAUGAUUGGGGUCGAAAAUGGUGUCAUCUUGUAGCAAUGGAUGCGAUUUUCUUUCGUCAUGCAUCGACACAAUAUGAUAUGCAUUGUGCAGAUCGUGAACUACUCAAAGCUUACACUAGUUUUCGUCCACUAGAACAAGGAUUAGAUUAUGAAUUUGCUAUUGCUACUGGAAAUUGGGGUUGUGGUGCAUUUAAUGGUGAUAAAUAUGUGAAAGCCAUCAUCCAAUUAAUGGCUGCUUCUAAAGCUCGACGUCCACUUAUCUAUGCAGCUUAUCGUGAUAAAACUUUAGUGCAUUCAUUUGGUGUAGUAUAUGAAUACUUGAAAGCUCACAACGCAACAGUGGGAGGUUUAUAUUUAUGUCUUGAACAAUACUUUACUCAAGUUGAUCGAGGGUCACUAUUCGAAUAUAUUCUGAACAUACCUGUUUCAUUUCUUAAAUCUUAA